UAAUAAAUAAAGAAUUUGACUGUAUUAACCUUUGAGAGAACAUGCCAAUAAGCAACAACAACAACUUAAAUAAAGUAUAAGAAAUUUUUUAUUGGCAUUAAAUUAUAAACAAUAACCUUUUAUAUAUUAAAUAGUUUUAAUAAAUCUGUAAAAGAAUGGCAGCAAUGAGACAUACACUGCAAAGAGAAAUCUUUACUCCUAACGAUGAAAAAAUACUAAGCAUUUGCAGUGUAAGAAAAGAAUAUAAGAAAAAGAAAACUAGUUUUUUGUGUCUAACUACAGUGAUCGAUACUCCUGACUCUUACUUUUUGCACCUGGUGAAAAAGAGUGACAAAAAUGUUUUUAAAAAAAAACAGUCUUGGUCUUUGGCUGAUAUUCGAACAGUUGAUGGUAUUGAAGAAAAAUCAAUGGAUUUGGAAUUACAUAUUGAUAAAAUUUACAAGUGGUCUAUUAUAACUGCUCAAGAAAAACAUAGUUUUGUUAUUAAUUUAUAUACGUGUUCUUUUAGUCUUCCACAGAGAGCAGAAUUCAAAAAUUUGCCUAAAGAAUGGCUUCUGAAUAGUUCGUAUAUAAAAGAAGGAACUCUUAAUAAUAAGGGUAUAAAAUUGAAUGCCGGGUUAUUAGAAUCUUCACUGUCAUUGGAUUAUCAACCAAUUACUGAAAAGGAGGCAAAAGAUCUAGAUAAAUUAAUGGAAUCCUGUGAUUAUGCAGUUUCUAAUGCUGAGUAUUUUAUGGAAACUCUCUCAAAGGAUCUUUCUGUUUUGGAUGGGGAAAAUGUACAGUCGGUGUUGGCAUCUGAACCGCAAGUUACACUUUUAAUGAAUGGAAUAGAAGCAGCAAUUGCAGAAGCAACUUUAGUUGAAGAACGUUUAUGUAUUUACGAUGAGGCAUUAGGAAGAAUUAGAGAAGCUAUGGCAAGAGUUGGUCAAAAAAAUCAAGCUAUACAUACAGCUAAUCUCAAUGCAAGACAACUACUGGACCAACUUGAUGCAGUAAUUACUCAAUUGAAAAUUUCUUCCAACCAUCAGAUAACCCUAAAUGAAGCUGAACUCCCUGGAAAUCGAGAGGAACUUCGACUUGCAGGUGUUGCUCUUUUAAAAGCAAUAACUGCACCUUUACCACCAGGUCUUGAAAAAUUAAGUGCUGUUGUUGAACAGAAAAGGCGUCUAGAUAAAAUGAAAGCUAAAUUUUCUCAGAUAGUUGCGAGACAUUUAAAUAAUCUUUUUAUUCAUUUGGGUAAUGAUAUUGGAGAAAUGCAAAUGAAUGUAGAAUUAACGCUUCCAACUCAUCAAGCAAUGCAUCAUGAAUUAGAACCUUAUACGGAAUUAAUGAAAUUACUUAGAAUUUUAGAUAACAAAGCUUUUAAUCAAUUGACAAAGGUUUACACUGAUACGAUGAGUAAAUUGUAUCAAAGGGAUUUUAAAUAUUUUUUCGAAGAAGCAAAAAGUCGAUUAAUCAGUAAACGAUCUCACGCAAGUACAUCAAAAUCUAAAGAACAGAAAGCAGAAGAUUUGAUAAAUGCGGCUCCAAUUUCUCUUUUAAGCGGUGAUACUUGGACACCUCAAGGCGAUGGAGCUUUGCUGGAUUCUGUUUUAGAAAGUGUCUUAUCUCAGUUACAACCAGUUUGCUUUGCUGAACAAGCAUUUUGUGUCUCUUUUCUUCAAUUACUUGGACAAUCAAAAAUUUCAGAUGUAAAUAAUAGCGAUAGCUUGGGCAACGGAGCUGCCAGUCCUAGUUCUGUGGGUUCAACAGCCAGUAAGAAAUUAGAACGACAAGUCAAUGAAGAAGUUCGAGCUACAAUGACUGUCAUUUUUCCUUCUCUGGAAAAUGAAUUAAAUAAUUUUAUUUCCUUUUUAGACAAAAUAGACAGCUUCUGGUGUAUGUAUGUUUUGGUUCGCCUGUCACAGCACGUAAUGUCAGCUCAAGAUACAGGAUCAUUUCUUUCAAUGACUUUUGCUUCAGCCCUCGUUCAAGUAAAGCGAGCAUUUGACAAAUUUAUGCAAGCUCAACAACAAUCAAUUAUUCGCGAUACUAAAGUAACACGCAAACAUAAGUGCGGCAUCUUGCCUUAUGUCGAGAAUUUUAAUCCUUUUGCUAAAAUUGCAGAAGGCAUUUUUCGUAAUUCGGAUAGAAAGGUAGAUUUGGAAAAAUGGUACACAAAAUUAAUAAGUACAAUGUUUGAAGCAAUUAUUGUACACAGUGGUGAACACCAUAAAACACCACAAGAAGUUAUUAAAAUGGAAAACUUUCAUCAUCUGUAUGAUCUUCUCUCGCAAUUAAAAAUUUCCGUUUUGGAUCAUGAACGUAAAGAAGCGAAACAGAAAUAUCAAGACGCUCUCAGAGCAUAUGUUGUUCAAUACUUUGGUAGACCUCUAGAAAAGCUUAAUUUUUUUUUUGAAGGAGUUCAGGCAAAAGUAAGCACAGGAAUCAAAGAAUCUGAAAUUAGUUACCAAAUGGCAUUUAGUAAACAAGAAUUAAAACGAGUUUUAAAGGAAUAUCCAGCACGUGAAGUAAAAAAAGGACUAGAGCACCUUUAUCGAAAAGUGGAAAAGCAUCUUUGCGAGGAAGAAAAUUUACUUCAGGUUGUUUGGCGAGAAAUGCAAGGCGAGUUUAUAGCACAAUAUAUUUAUAUUGAAGAAUUGAUUCAACGAUGUUACCCUGAUAGUAUGGUGACGUUAGAAUUCACAGUACAAGAUAUAUUAGACUUUUUUUCAGAAAUAGCACAGUCUCAUUAAUGUUAUGUACAGUAAAUAGCAUAAUAAAGAGCAAUAAACCAAAAUAA